AUGAACCAGAGCAUAGGAGUUUUUAGUGGCCAUCACUCACUAGAAGCAGAUAUGGACGUUUUGGAUAACAACAAUAUGAAGCAACACCACAGAGCUAUUGCAGCAAGAAUCCUAUUUCUGUCAACUGAUGACCACAGAGCUAUUGCAGCAAGAAUCCUAUUUCUGCCAACUGAUGACCACAGAGCUAUUGCAGCAAGAAUCCUAUUUCUGCCAACUGAUGACCACAGAGCUAUUGCAGCAAGAAUCCUAUUUCUGCCAACUGAUGACCACAGAGCUAUUGCAGCAAGAAUCCUAUUUCUGCAACUGAUGACCACAGAGCUAUUGCAGCAAGAAUCCUAUUUCUGCCAACUGAUGACCACAGAGCUAUUGCAGCAAGAAUCCUAUUUCUGCCAACUGAUGACCACAGAGCUAUUGCAGCAAGAAUCCUAUUUCUGCCAACUGAUGACCACAGAGCUAUUGCAGCAAAAAUCCUAUUUCUGCCAACUGAUGACCACAGAGCUAUUGCAGCAAGAAUCCUAUUUCUGCCAACUGAUGACCACAGAGCUAUUGCAGCAAGAAUCCUAUUUCUGCCAACUGAUGACCACAGAGCUAUUGCAGCAAGAAUCCUAUUUCUGCCAACUGAUGACCACAGAGCUAUUGCAGCAAGAAUCCUAUUUCUGCCAACUGAUGACCACAGAGCUAUUGCAGCAAGAAUCCUAUUUCUGCCAACUGAUGACCACAGAGCUAUUGCAGCAAGAAUCCUAUUUCUGCCAACUGAUGACCACAGAGCUAUUGCAGCAAGAAUCCUAUUUCUGCCAACUGAUGACCACAGAGCUAUUGCAGCAAGAAUCCUAUUUCUGCCAACUGAUGACCACAGAGCUAUUGCAGCAAGAAUCCUAUUUCUGCCAACUGAUGACCACAGAGCUAUUGCAGCAAGAAUCCUAUUUCUGCCAACUGAUGACCACAGAGCUAUUGCAGCAAAAAUCCUAUUUCUGCCAACUGAUGACCACAGAGCUAUUGCAGCAGCAAGAAUCCUAUUUCUGCAACUGA